GAGUCCUCUUCCGAUUCGAGCGAUUCCGAUGACGACUCGGAAGACGACUCUGAGGAGGAAGGCUAUGCCGGUAUGAAACCCGAAGACAUCGCGAAAGUUCUCAUGCAGGAAGACUUCAAUGAAGAUGGUCCUUCUACAGGAGCCGGUCCUCUGCGCACUAAGAACGAGGUGCCCGAAGACGAGGAAAAGAUCGAGAGACCCAAUAUCAUCGUGACACCGGAAAUGAAGAUCGAGGAACUUGGAAAAGUGGAGACUAUAAUCGACAACAUGGUCCUCAUCAAAGCCAUCACCUCCGGGGAAUACCAGGUUCUUAGUGAAGGGUCCCUUCUUGUUCUCGAGGACAGGUCCGUCGUUGGCAUUGUCGCUGAUACGCUCGGACGUGUCGAGGAGCCGCUAUACACUGUUCGCUUCAACAGCGCGGGAGAGGUCAAGGAUCUCAAGGUAGCGGAGGGAGGGAAGGUGUUUUACGUACCCGAUCACUCGACAUACGUGUUCACGAAACCCCUGUUGGCACAGAAAGGCACUGAUGCGUCUAACCUUUACGACGAAGAGCCUGCAGAAUCCGAGCAGGAGUUUUCGGACGACGAGGCAGAGGCUCUGUACAAGAGGCGCAAGAAGGAAGAACGCAAGUCGACGAACGGCGACAAGAACGCCGACAAGAACGAC